GCAUUUGACGUUAGGGUUUUGGAGCUCGUCAUCUCCCAGAUUCUUCUUCUUCUUCUUUCUUCGUCAUCUUCAUCUUCAUCUUCAUCAGCCUCUUGUUGUGAGCUCAGCCUCUGAAGCGAGCGAGAGAGAGAGAGAGAGAGAGAGAGAGAGAGGCGGCGGCAAUGGAGGGAGCAGACGAUGCGGCGAUCGAGAGGAUGGUGGACUCCAAGGACCUGCAGCAGCAGAGCAAGGCCCUCGACAAGCUCACCGACCGCGUCGAGGAUCGCCAGCUCGAUUCCACUCGCGUUCAAGAGGCAAUGGCAUCGAUUGCUGCAUCCGCAGAAGCCGAUAGGCACGCCAUGAGGAUGAGGGAGAAAGAAUUGGCUGCUGUGAAGAUCAAUGCAGCUGACGCUGAUAUAAUCGCUAAUGAACUUGAGCUGGACCGGAAGGUGGCUGAAAGGACCUUACGUGAGCAUAAAGGUGAUGCUGUUGCUGCAAUUCGUUCCUUGCUUCGAUAAAGAAUUGGUGGCAUGAAAAAUGGGAUUUGUGAUUUUUCAGAGGACAUACCGACUUGCCCAUAACAUUGUCCAAGUAGGAUCAAAAAGCUGUAUGAUUCGUGCUUCUUUUGGGGAUACAUGACUUGCUUUUUGGGAGAUUGUUUGUACUCUCGCCGAUUUUGGUUGCUAAUGUUCAGCCCUGCAUUUUUGCCCUUCCAUGUAGUUCAUGCCGGGAAUUUUGGACAGUA